AUGACGACCAAACUCGAGUAUACUCCUCUGGAUGAGAUCAACCAGAUUCAUGCGCGUCUCCAUGCGAGUUUCCGGGCUGGUAAAACCAAAUCUAUCGAUGCCAGAAAAGAAAACAUAGUCAAGUUUGCCUAUAUGAUAAAGGACAACGUCGAAGCCCUGCAGAAUGCAUUGGCUGUCGACCUGGGACGACCCAAACUUGAAUCCUCGUUCCUCGAAAUAGACCCACUCAUCAAAGAGUCGAUUGAGGUUUACAAGUCGGUCGAGAAAUGGGCUCAGCCCGACAAGGCUCCGUUUUCGUUGAACUUUGCGCCUAUGAAGCCCGUAGUGCGCAAGGAACCAAAAGGCGCAGUUCUCGUCAUCUCGCCGUUCAACUACCCCGUUUGGCUGGCUUUCAGUCCAGUUAUCGGGGCCAUUGCCGCUGGGUGUACUGUCGCACUCAAACCAUCCGAGCUCACGCCCGCGACGUCUGCUCUCCUCGCGUCGUUGGUCGCCAAGUACCUCCCUUCAGAUGUCGUCACCGUCGUCAACGGCGCGAUUCCAGAGACUACACGGUUGCUUGAUUUACCAUGGGGCCAUAUUAUGUAUACCGGUGGUGGGAACGUCGGGAGAAUCGUUGCUACUGCUGCAGCCAAGCACCUGACACCCGUCACACUCGAGUUGGGAGGCAAAAGCCCCGUCAUCAUCGACCCCGCAUCGGACAUGAAAGUCGCGGCGCGGAGGAUUCUCUGGGGCAAAACGAUCAACGCCGGCCAAACGUGCGUCGCACCCGACUACGUCCUCGUCCCGCGCGAAGGCCAGGACGCACUCGUCAGAGAGCUCGAGGUGGCGUACAAGGAGUUUUACCCGCAGGGCGCGAAAUCCUCCGACUCGUACUCGCGCAUCAUCUCCGCUGGCCACUGGGACCGUCUCAAGGGUAUGCUGGAUGGGACUGACGGCAAGGUCGUAUUGGGCGGUGGGUCGGAUGCGGAUCGGGAUAGUAAGUUUAUUGCGCCUACUGUGGUCAAGGAUGUGGGUGGUGAUGAUGCGUUGAUGAAGAGUGAGAUUUUCGGACCGAUUUUGCCUAUUGUACCCGUCAAGGACGUGGAUGCUGCGAUCGAGUACGUUAAUGCCAACGACCACCCGCUUGCGCUCUACGUCUUCACCAAGAAUCCCUCGUUCAAAUCCAAAGGCAAUGGAGCAGCCGUCGCCAAUGACUUGAUUAUCCACAUUGCCGUCGACGGCCUUCCUUUCGGCGGGGUUGGUCCUUCCGGAUACGGAGCACAUACUUCAAAGUUCACGUUCGAUACCUUUACCCACUUCCGUUCUUCUAUCGACUCGCCUGGAUGGUUGGACCUGAUACUUGGGGCGCGGUUCCCUCCUUACACCGCGGCCAAGGCCAAGAAACUGUCUGGUCUCAAUCCUGUUACUCUUCCUUUCCCAAGGCCUGGCACCAAGGCAGCUGGUCCGUGGAGCAAGUGGGCAACUAUCAUGGGUGUCUUGGCGAUUCUGAGUGCUGCGUUUGCCAAGUAUAGCAAGAGGUAA